AUGGCGAACGAAGAACAGAGAAGAGCUUUCGAGUCGUAUAUGGGCCGCGCGAAUAGCGACAACGGGCAAGUUCAGAAUCCAAGCCAGCCUCUUCCUCAGUAUCCUGGAUCAGUUGCUCAGCCGGGCAAUCCGUAUCUUUAUCAAGUGAGUUGUUGUCAUGGACUUCCUGGUCUGCAAUUCCCUGGGCUCGGAGUGCCCCCUGCAGCGCCGACGCCGCCACCGGCAGCCUCGUCUUCUGUCGCUUCGUUUCCAGGGUACCAAGGCGGAUAUUCUCAACAAAACUAUGGGCUAGCGUUAUACGGUCCAAACGGUAUUCCGCGACGUCCGCCGCCACUAGGUGAUCCUCAAGCACAGCAACAGCAAGGGCAGCAACAUACGCCAACUGGAAGCGUAUUCCAAGGACACGUUCAAAGGUCUGAAAGCUAUAGCAUACAGCCUCCGCCCCCAUUGAGCCAUAGCGGGUGGCCAUACAACCAUCCAGAUAGCGGAAUGGCCAGUCGUCACGAUGGUCCAAUCGUAGGUGCCGUCAUCCCAGCAUCUCGCAGCCACACUCAAGAGAUGGUACGAUCAAGUUCGAGACACAGGAGGGAAGAGUAUCAUUAUCAUAGUCGUGACUCGGCUCAGGUGGCUCAAGCGCCGCUAGUAGAAGAAGUGGUCGUGCCAGUUAUGCUCUGUCAUACCUGCAGUCACUGUGGUCAGAUGCGCUCUGCAGGCUUCCAUCGAAAUAACCCAGUAGUCCCCGGCAGGCCUUUGGUUUCUACGCCGUGCCGCAGAUGCAAGAAGAAACUCGACAACUUCUAUCGGUCGAGCAGUCGUUAUACUCGCAUUCGCAAGUGCACAGCCGACGAGCCCUGCGAUUGGCCUAGCGAGCCAUUCCGAGUCGACGCUGGACAAGAUGAGUCUAGAGGUAGACGAAGAAGUAGAGAGGAGGUUUGUAUGAACAGAUACUCUCCAAGUCGACCCCGGGUGUUAAGACGCGAAUCCAGCGUAGCACAUCUGGGUUUAGGAGCAUUCCAGCAGGCAUCAAGAAACGAACGAGUAGCUCGGAGAUCCUCAUCUAGUCCUGGCCAUUCUACCAGGUACACUGGCGGGGUGUGGCCCCCACCUGACAUUGUACGCAUGGAGCGAAAGCGGGUUGAUGAUGCGUUCUCUAUACCAUUUGGGCCACCUUUAGGCUAUGCAGCGAAGUCAGACGAAGUAUGGCCUCCUCCAGACAUUGUUCGGACCCAUUUGUAUAGGGACGUGGAGAGGAAAUCACUACGUCGGCAGAGUUCUAGGAUUAUCGAACUCAGUCCUUCUCCUUCUCCUCCGCCCUCUCGGCAAAGAUCAACCAGAGUCGUCUAUCGUAGCGAUUCGCAAGAACACCGACGUAGAAGUACAAGCAUAUCACCUUCUCGCGUCAGAUCUCGCGGAGAAAGGCGAAGUGAAGAAGCAGAAUCUCGUCUCACAACACACACCCUGCCAUUUCGAACAGUCAUUUCAGACCGCCAACGUACCUCUUUCCGCGCGUCGGACGAGACUUGUAGCAAUGCUGAUUCGGUACCCCGUCAACCUCCAGAAUCACCAACUUAUAGCAUCUUGAAACCUGGCAACCCUGACCAUCACGACACGACAUCCCAACGACGAGCCAGCAUGCGCGCAAGCGAGCAAAGCGUGCACGUCGAGGUUGAAGGACCCCCUCGUGUCCGAUUCAGCGGCGAGCGAAGAGAGAAACUGUCAGACCUGGAACCGACCCGAAGAUCAAGAUACAAAGAUGAACAUGAAUCCAGCAAAGAGAAGUCCGAGUAUUACCGUGACCAUUCUCGUGAUCGCGUACAGUACAAACCCCGACCUCGACCACGCCCAAACCAAGACUUUGAAAAAGUCCAAACGAGGUAUUGCUCUCCAGUACGUGAUAGAGACUAUGAAGAAGAAAUCCGAGUGGACAAGCAACGUCGUAUCUCGCCUUCCCCAUCUCCUCCCCCAAGAAGAAGCAGAGAGUACGAGGAGAUCCGCGUACGACACGUUUCUCCUCUACCCACUCGCCGCUCAUCUCAUCAGCACUCCGAUCGUGCCACCUCACCCCCACUACCGCCUAUAUACCGCCAUGUCUCGCGCACCGCGGCAUUAGAUGGCAAACGCUCGGUCACAUCUCCCCCACCUCCUCCGCCUGCGGACUCUAGAGACGAAGACCACACGGAUUGCAGUAGUGCGGGUGAGGGCGAUGUAACGCUGGUGACGAGGUUGUGGAAGGGCAUCGAUGAAAAUGGGAGGCCGGCGACGUUUGUGGAGGAGAGGAGGGAGGUCAAGAUGCUUGCGGAGGGGAGUGAGCGGGGUGGUGUUGCGAGUGGGUAUCGGGAUUUGGGGUAUGGGAAGCGGGUUGGUGGUGCUGGGAAGGUGUGGAGGGAUGUUUGA